AUGUCUAGUCAGCGUCUUGUCCUAGGCCUCCCACGUGUCUUGCCGUCGCUGCCGCCUUCGCCUGCGCCGCCGUGUCGUCCCUGCGUCGAGGGUAGGCUGCGCGCCACCCCUCACUCCUCCUCCCUUCGUCCGGCCACCGAGCCUUUUGAGACGCUUCACUUGGACGUCUGGGGCCCAGCCCCUCGUCUAGGCCCUGAGCGUGAGCGUUACUUUCUGGUGGUCGUUGACGACUUCUCCCGCUACACCACAGUGUUCCCUCUGGCGAAGAAGUCUGAGGUGACUUCUACGCUGAUCAGGUGGUUGCUCACCACCGAGGACACUCGUGGUCGUCGUGUCAGCUGUCUCCACUCCGACCGUGGGGGUGAGUUUCGCUCCGGCAUUCUCGCUGGAUUCUGUCGCGAGCAGGGCAUUCGUCAGUCCUGGACGCUUCCAGAGUCCCCACAGCAGAAUGGGGUUGCUGAGCGCCGCAUAGGCCUGGUCAUGGAGAUCGCCCGCACCUCCCUGACUCACGCCUGUGCCCCCCAUUUUCUGUGGCCCUACGCGGUCAGGUACGCCGCGCACCAGCUGAACCUCUGGCCACGUGUCUCUCGACCAGAGGUUUCACCGACCAGUCUUUGGACAGGGUUCCCUGGUGUUGCGUCGCGGUUUCGUGUCUGGGAGUGCUUGGCUCUUGUCCGCGACACCUCCGCGGACAAGCUCUCGCCUCGUGCCGUCCCCUGUGUCUUCCUUGGUUUCCCUGAGGACUCCUCUGACUUCACCUUUUACCACCCUCCCUCUCACCGGUUCUUUGACUCCCGUGACGUCCGUUUCGAGGAGUCCACUCCGUACUACGUCAGGUGUGUCCCAGGCUACCCCUCCUCCUUCGGUAGCCCCUCCGGUACAGCCUCCCUCCCCACAGUCCUCCUCGCAGCGUGCCGCUGGUGCUAG